AGUAAGAGGAGGGAGUGAGCCCGAGAAUGGGAGGGCGAUCUCCUCUUCCCCCCACCUCCCCUUCCCUAUCGCAAACUCCCCAUCCUCGGCGCGCCUGCGCGCACAUUCGCACCCCGAGCCAUUGCAAAGAGCGGCGCGCGGGGAGAGCUCCCAGCCACACAGCGCGCGUAGAGAGCAGCCCACGCGGCCUCGAGGUGUCUGUGAACGAGGCGCGAGAAGACUCCCCCUGCCAAGGAAAUCCGAACGCAUCAGCCGAUAACGUCAACUGCGCUGCACAAGGCAACACUUUUGAAACCACCACCACCACCACCUUCGCGACCACCACCGUCGCUCCGAAUCAAGCAGCAGCACCUGCUCGGGACCGUUUGGCAGACAGCGAGGCAAGCGGCGUCACAAGCGUCAAAACACAACAGCGCCGCCCACCAGCGACAUCGUCGUCGUCAACAGCAGCAGCAGCAGCAAGAAGAAGUAGAGGACACCACCUGAGCGCCGCCAUGUCCUUUAACGGGGAGUUUUCUGAGCUGGAGCACUUUGACGAGCGGGACCGCGGCUUGCGCUUCAGCCGCGGCUCCCGCGGUGCCAACGGCCUCCCGAGCCCCUCGCACAGCGCGCACUGCAGUCUGUACCGCACCCGGACCCUGCAGGCGCUCAGCUCGGAGAAGAAGGCCAAGAAGGUACGCUUCUACCGCAACGGGGACAAGUACUACAAGGGCAUCGUGUACGCCAUCUCGCCGGACAGGUUCCGCUCGUUCGAGGCGCUGCUCGCCGACCUGACCCGCACGCUGUCCGACAACGUGAACCUACCGCAGGGAGUGCGCGCCGUCUUCACCAUCGACGGGCAGCACAAGAUCACCAGCCUCGACGAGCUGCUCGAGGGCGAGAGCUACGUGUGCGCCACCAACGAGGCGUUCCGCCGGCUCGACUACACCAAGAACGUCAAUCCCAAUUGGUCGGUCAACGUCAAGGCGGUCGUGGGCAUCGGCUCGAGCAGCUCCAUCGGCUCGGGCCUCUCGUCCCUCUCGGGCGGCAUCGGAGGCAUCGGUGGCAUCGGCGGCAUGGGGGCAGGCGGCGUCGGCGGCGUCGGCGCCGCCUCCGCCGGGCUGGGCGCCGGCGCGGCCACGGCGGCCCUGCUGGCGCCGAUCGGGCGGGCGCCCUCCUCGCUGGCGAGCGGGGCGCACACGCCGGAGACGCGCGAGGCGAAGGAGUUCAUCCGGCCCAAGCUGGUGACCGUGAUCCGCGCUGGCGUGCGGCCCCGCAAGGCGGUGCGCGUGCUGCUCAACAAGAAGACGGCGCACUCGUUCGAGCAGGUGCUCGCCGACAUCACCGACGCCGUCAAGCUGGACACGGGCGCCGUCAAGCGCCUCUACACGCUGGACGGCAAGCAGAUCGCCUGCCUGCAGGACUUCUUCGGAGAUGACGACGUUUUCAUUGCCUGCGGGCCGGAGAAAUUCCGCUACGCUCAAGACGACUUCAUCCUGGAUAGAGAAGCAGACUGCCGCGGCCUCAAAUCGACCGCCGGGAAGGGGGGACCACCGUCUACGCCUCGCCGCAGUGGAGCCAAGAGCCCGUCCAUCCGGAGCAAGUCGCCUGGCGGAUCAGUGAACGGCGGCAGCGGCAGCCAGCUGUCGACGCCGCGCUCGGCGCCAUCUCCCAGCUCCCCCUCCAGCCCGUCCAGCCUCCGGCGCAACAAGGAUCUGUACCUGCCCCUGGCUCUGGAUGAGAAGUGAGGCAGAGUCGGAACCACAAGACAAGAGCAGGGGCAGGAGGAGGAGGGGGGGGGGGCGAUGGUUCAGACGGUGACGUUCAUUUGGAAUUCUGUGGCUGUUCAAUUUUCUGGCCAUAAACCACCGUUACCCGGGCCUGCUCAUCUCAUUUCUCAUCGCAUCAUCUGUCCGCCCGUCCAUUCCGUUACCCGUCGUGUACUAAGCCGUUCAAACAAAAAAAAACAUUCAUCAUAAUAAUAGUCUGCACAUUCGCUUAUAACAUAGAUGUAAUUCCGAUCGACGUUUAUUUUGGCUAGGAACUGAAAAACGCAAGUCGUGUUUUCGUCAGCCUUUUCGGAUAUGAAACAACCAUGAAGCGGCUGUAAUGUCAGUGAUCUAAGUGCAGAGUGAAAAGGGCGUGCAUUGUGUAUCGAUCGAUGAUUUUUUAUUGCUUUUUUUACGUAGAUUUUAUGAUUUUGCGACAUUUUUUUUUAAAUGGGCACUCGCUUGAUUUUAUUUCUCCUUGCAUAACUACAACUAUAUAAAUGGUUACACGUAACUGUAUGUAGGAACUGAUGUUUGGCUUGCGAUGAUUCACCUGAUUCCACUGCCAUCACCAAAGCAUUGUAAAGAUGUGCAGAAGCAAGGUGUUGAACAGGGUGUCAGGGGUCAGCCAUAAGAAUUAAACUUGCUUUAAGUGUUGUGCUCACUCUCUCUGAAACUCACGUAACCCCACACCCCCCCCUCCCCCCGGCCCAACACCGCUGUCAGUCUCUCUGUCUCCCACACCUGCACACACACACACGCACCACAUCUCCUAAUAAACGCCCGUGUCUUUCAUGCCCAAGUUUGCUUUCAAAGCGCAGUUGAUGAAAACCCACUGCCGCCGAGUUGACCGGCCACAUGGCGCUCUGCGUGUGUGACCUUGGGAAAACUCUCUUCGUUUAGUGGAUGAGCCCCAUAAAGUAAUUCCCUUGAAAGAUCAAAUGCCACUUGAGUGCUGCUCACGUCACACCGGUGCACUCUGGGAUUUUAUAAUUUUCGAUGAGAGCGGCCCUGAAGUUGUGUACGAGAUUACGGCGGAUCGACGUCUCUUCUCGAAAUCUUUACAGAAACAACGCAACUCUGGACUUCUUCACGCGUGAUGCGUUGGGUUAUUACGGUUUCCGACGAGGUGAAAUUUAAUCAUGAACGUGUCGAUUUUAUAACGGUACACUUGCGUGUGGUGAGCUUCGAACUAACAUCCUUUUAUGCUUUCAACUUUCUAACGUUGAACAUUUUUCUAUUGUUUCUACUUUAUUUAAUGUUGUCCUUUGUACUUUUUUUCUAAGGUGGGGGAAAUAUAGAUUAUUUUGUAUAAAUAUUAUCACUUUGACCACAGAGUGGAUGAUAGUCUCGAAUCAACGUCACAACUAUAACUCUGCACAAUUGCUAGGCUGACAUUGCUAAUAAACGUUACUUUAACUACGGUAAUCGGAGUAGUUGUCAUAAAAACAGAACCACUUGGAAUGGGACUGAGAACGCCCGAGCUAGGUCAUGUCACAGUUUUAACAGCUGCGCGUUAUAAUCCACUCGAAAGUUUCGUGGGGUGAUUUUUAACGGAACGUGGGCGCUGGGAAA